UAAAUUCUAAAAAUUAAUCGUCUACUCGGUUUGAAGAGUGAAGUGAAAACCCGCGACAACUGGAUAUUCGAUAAAACAUUUUUAUGGAGAAAAUCAAGCGGACGAUCAAAGUAUAUGUGUUGGAAGGAGACGAGUUGGUUUACGGACUGGUUUUCUGGUUUUAUAGUGGAAAAAUAUUGAUAGUUGGUGUUUCGUAUUAGCAAUUGUACGGUGGUUCGAGGAUCGAGCAUGAGUUUGACGGUGGUCCAACUGCUAAUCGGUUUGUAGGUGAAGGACCAUGGCGAACGCUGGUCGAUGGAGCAACACGUCCGUGGAAAAGGCAGAGUUGCGAGGUAUCGAUGGCUGUAAGCUUUUCCCUCGUAUCUUGGAGCGGAGUCGGCAGAAAUCAAAAUUCGGAGAACGAGUUUCUGGACGAAUGGAACUCGAUACAGAGAGCGAAGUUAAUUUCCUGAAAUUCAACGACAACAAUUGGUCAUUUUCAAGGAUAGAAAUGUUGCGAUUUGUAGGAAAAAUUGUCGUUCAGGACCGACUAAUUAUUUCAUUGGUAGAUUUUUCGGUCCAAAUGAUUAAUAAAGUUAAAAAAAAUCACUCGGAUGUCAGAAGACGCAUCCCUGUUCAAAUUAGACUUUCACGUACAUCACGAGUAAAAUAAAUAAUAUCUUCUUGGUCUGUGCAUUGAACGUGUGCUCGGCCUUCGCGUUUUUGUAACAUCGGUAGCCUCAGCGGCUCGUCUCUGGCCCAUUUUAUUUUCGAGAAGCAGCUUCAAGGCCGCAUCUCAUCACCAUUUUCCUUUUUCCUGCUUUGAAAUUUCGGAUGUCUUUCUGAAAAAGUAGAACAAACGUCUUCUCAUUUAACUUCUGUUGCAAACUGAUCCAACUUACAGAUGAAAAAACAUAUUUCGUUUGCGCUGAUCCGAUUGUUUGGUACUGAACGACAGUUGGAUAGUCGGUACUGUACGA